CAUAAUAGUUCAUUUAGGGUAACAUCAUUUUUAUCUGACAACAUCUACAUUAACAUUAACAUCAUGAUGUCUAUGUUUAAGCUUCCACAGUGAGAAACGUAGACACAGCAGCUGCAAGAAAUACGGCGUCAGUAGGGUACAAGUGCUGGGAAAAAGGCAGGUGAUUCUGGCGAAUUUUCCUCAUUACAUCGACUCACUGGAGACAGCCGGUGCAGCAGCACAUCAACAAACAGCUGGCCUGAAGACUGUCUCAGUCAGGACAACCAUCCCACGUCUCUUACAGGGCCAAGGACACAAACACCAUAAAACAACAUGAGCACGCACUUUGAAGUAAAGAACGUGGCCUUGCGAGCUGGAGACCGACUAAAAAUUAAGGGAGAAAUUUUACCAAAUGCUGACAGAUUCAACAUAGAUCUUGGUUACGAUGCAGAUGAUCUGGCGCUGCACUUCAACCCUCGUUUUCAUGAUGACACUGACGGAGCUGUGCUUGUGUGCAACUCAAGGACUGCUGGAUGUUGGGGCAAGGAAAAAAGGGACAUUUAUAACCCUCUAGAGCAGGGCACACAUGUGAAGAUUCAACUAAAGCUGGAAGGAGACACUUUUGAGGUGGAGCUUCCAGACGGAUCCACAGUCAACUUCCCCAACCGUGUUGGCAUGGAUGUCAUCAACUACAUCAGAGUUGCUGGGGACUUCAAAAUUACUUCCUUCAAGAUCUGCUAGGAGAAAUAUUUGUCCUCAUUUGUGUUCGGAUUGGUGGGAAUAUUACACUUUGAGGCUUCAUAAGUCAUAAAGAGAAAUUCCAAUCAUUAAGGGAUGUAACUUCAACAUAAGGCGUUUGUCUUUAUCUAAAAAAAAACUUGUUGUGCAGAAACAUUAAAUGGUUUAAAAUCAAGCAAU